CACAUUUUCUUUCUUUUCUUUUAUAUUUCGAAAUCCUUAAUGAACUUAGCUGUCAAAUGCUUGACAAAUAGGGGCCCUUCUUUUUCCUGAUUUGUAACCCUGCCCUAGUCCGACGCCGUUCUCGGCGGCCGUGCGUGUGAGUGAGUGAGUGCGUGUUGGGGGGCGAGACGCCCCAAUGUGUUGACUCUUGAUGAUGGGAGAUUAAGAAACGGAGCCUUCUGAGGACCGCGGUGGGGGAGAGAGGGAGAGAGGAAAGGGACGGCUUUUGACCAAAGGCUGCCGAGGGGAGAAAUAGGGGUAAAGAAAUACUGCUCGUUUCUCUCUUACGGGGGGGGGGAGAACAAUAUUAGCUGUCAGGGCAUCUGCUACCCAUUCUGAAACGGUGAGAAAGGGCCUGAACUUCUUUUCAAGCAAAGGUCGUAAAUUUUGCUUUGCGUCAUAAUAGAAGGCUAUAAAAUCGAGCCGAAAUUUUACCCAAGGCAGACUUUAACUAAGAGAUAAUGAAUUCUUAAAGGUACUUCGGCACCGCCACCUCGCGAGGCUGCCGGCGUGGGCUCCAUCAGUCCACAGAAGCCCGGGUGGGUUUGGGAUACUUGGUUUUAAGGGCUUCUGUGCUGGGAGGGUGGCGAACCCGGAAGGAUCUCGAGGAGCCAGCUGAAAAAAAGGGGAAUGUUCCCACUGGAGAGAGGCCAGCAUUUGAGUCCUUUUGUGAAAGAUACUCUAGUGUAAACAAGCAAGCAAAUAAACAAACACGUGGUUUUGUAUUGAAACAACUUUUUUUUUAAAAAAAAUGGGACUGUUAAAAGGCUUGAGUAAUAUAGCUAUAAAUUUGUGUGUGUGGAGGGGGAGGCUAUAACUAUAUAUCUAUCUAUAACUAAAGAGGCUCCCACAUUGAUUGUGAUAGGUUUAUGGAACAAAGCGAUGAAAUUUCUGCCUGUUUGGAGGUAUCUUUUUUGUAAACAGCAUAGUCUUUAUUAAGGCUCCCUUUGAAACCUUUCUCUUGUCUUCUCUUCAGAUUGUUGCCUUUUUUUUUAUGACUUCCGUUGUGUGUCAGGACAUAGACGGAGUUUCCUGUGUUAUGAAUUAUACAUUCAAACAAUAACACAUUAAUUCAAUUAUUCAGAUAUGACAAAUGAUUUUGCUUUGGGUUAGUGACUAAGAAACAUAUUUGCUCUUUCACAAUCCGAAUGCACAACACAUGCAGGUUGCAUAUUCUCUCCGUUGGUCCCAGUGAGAACCCAAAAAUUACACGAGAAGGAGGGAGGGAGGGAGAGAGAGAUAGAAUGAGAGAAAGAGAGAGAGAGAGGGAGAGAGGGAGAAGAAAGGAACUCCGAACCUAAACGGAGAAGGCCCUUUAAUGAUAACGCUGAUUCCUGCAUAUCGCCCAGAAUAUUUUAUCAGUUUGACAAUUGCCGUGUUUGUUGUUAUAAAUCAUCGUAAGUAAUUCCUGGAAGGAUGCUCGUGUUUGUGUGUGUGUGUGUGUGUGUCUGCGCGCAUAUGAUGGAGGGGUGGGGUGAAAGACAGAAGGAGAGACAGAGACAGAGAAGGCCCUGCAAGGAUUGUAAAUCUUUCCAUUUUAUUGCUCUAUGAACAGAUGCUUAGAAGGAAAAAAGCCUUAGAUCCUUUUCUCCAGCCACAUCUUGGCCAACUGGAUUCCCCACACUCGACCAGUUUCACACUUAGCUUGUAGGGUCCGCAGGUUUUCUUUCGUUUGCUCCUCGUUUGUUUGCUUGAAACACAAUUUCUAGGGGGCCUACAUGUGCGAUUUCUUUUAUUACUACUUCCCUCCCCUCCCGCAAUUAUCUUUGCAAGUUGGUUUUUUUAUUAUUAUUAUUUCUUCUUUUAUCUUUUUUCCCCUUUUGAUUGGUGAUGGGUGUUUCAGGUUCUGUUCUACUUAAUGGGGAAAAUGCGAGAAGAAAAUGCAUCACUCCCCUCUUCCGCAAGUGUUAAAUUUUAGAGGAGUCCUUCCAUUUCCGAUACUGGAAGGUUCUUUGGCAGGUUAAUAGAUUAUAAAGGGGAUGCCCAGGCUCAGAGCUUUCCAGUCUGGUUCCUGUGCUUAGCUCCCUAUUAAGAUCAUUGGGAUAAAAUUCUGUUAAGCCACUUUCAGGGAAGUAAGCUUCACAUCAAAAGGGGUGACUCCCCUGCCUGGAUAUAUGCCUAAGGCCACUUUCCAAGAGCUACUACCCUUUGACUGGAUUGUGCUCCUGGAGGUGAUCAAUUCUUGAAUAAAAGUUUCCUCUGGACCUUGAUGUCUGGACUCCAGUCUUAUUCUUAGUCGUUCAGCCCUUAGAAAGCAGAAUAAUGUAGAUAACUGAAAUGAAAUAUAUAUGCAUAAAUUUCUGUCCAAUUGUCAAAUUUUGAAUGGUAAAGAAAUCUUAGCCUAUCCUGGAUUAGACUGGACACUUCCAUAACUUCAAAGUUAAACUUUAGAGUCGUGAGAGACACAAGAGAGGCGUUCCUUUCGCUGGGACGAAUAGUAGAUGUUGGUAAUAUCCUUUGUAGGAACAACAACAAAAACUAUUGUUUUGUCUAAACCGGCUUUGUGUACAGGCAAAUCAUCAAGCUUUGCCAGACAGGGACAGGAAGGAAGGAAGGAAGGAAGGAAGGAAGGAAGGAAGGAAGGAAGGAGAUAGAUACAUAGUGAAAGCGCCAACACUGUAGUUUUUUAUCUCAGUGCUGACUAGCCAAACCCAACUUUCUCUAUAUUUGUCUCUGAGUCUCACUCCACCCAGGCAUGCAAACAGUCGGAUGAUUCCAUUCUGCCGGACUGAGGCAGACUUGCAACCAUACAGCAGAUUGAACAGAGAAUGGCUAGGAAUCCAGUGUUGCCAAGCCAAGCUUCUUGGAUCACCACCCAAUGCAAAAAUCUCCCUUCCACCCCGAAGCUUUGAGACAGAAGUUAAGUCGAGCCAAGAGGGAGAAGCCCCUCUUGUAACAUUUAUAUGAGCCCCCACCCCCUGCCUUUCUGCUCACAGAUGAUGGCGGUGGUAGUGGUGGUGGUGGUGGUGAUGAUGAUUAGGAAGAUGAUUAGUCCUAUGUAGGUACUUUAACUAGGUUAACCUUGGUAGCUUAAUUUAUCCUGAAAAGACAACAAAGUCUGCCCACCCUUGCAUCACUUAGCCGGAGAAAGACUUGACUAAGAAGGAUCGCACCACCCAGAUGUUAUCAGGAUUUACAAAGAAGCCUUGAAGUCCAUGCUGCGAUGCCCCUUGGCACUGGAUAGUUAAAGGACACCACCGUGGAAGUGCCAGAUUUUCUGAAGAGACCUUUUCUCUGACGGAAGGUCUGGGGGAGCCUUUGACCCAGUGGGCUCAACCCGUCUGUAUGGCACAGACCCCCAUCUGAAGGAUCUCGGGGCUGGAUCACUGAGGACAAGCCGGGUGGAAGUUUCAGCCUUAAUCAACACCAUCUCCACUCUCAGGAUCACGUGAACAAAUAUGCUCUUAUUUUAAGGCAGCGCCUCUAUUUUUUAUUAUACAAGGCUUCCUCCACUGAUUGAAUAUAUAUUGAAUAUAGGUAUAUAUAUUCAUUCAUAUUCAUAUAAUAAGCCUCGUCGCUUAUUAUUUACAAACAAAAGAAAACGUUAAACCGGCAUGGUUUUUAAAUUUAUUUUGUAGGCUUGUUCCUGAAUGAUUUUUUUAAAAAAGUAUAUAAUUGCUAUUAUGAAAGCCAGCAAAACCAGGGUCCACUCGCUCUCUUUUAUUGGAGCUCCAACAGUGGUUUUUAUUCUACCGGGAAUACUGGUCUAUGGAAAUGCCUGGGCAAAUCCGCAAGAUCAGGUUUAGGAGCGUAUUGUCUCCAGAACAAAGGAGGAAGGAUAUAUUCUCAAAACGGCCAACCUCCAGAUUUUGACCUAGAAGGACAGCAUUAGGAUAAGCAAGGUUCCAGGUGCAUCUCAUUGUUUUAUCCGAGGGAACCACAAGACCGGCCCCACAGCUUUGCAGAUAAAAUUCAAGAAAAAACGUGAAAGGGGUGUUCCUCGGGCAGUGACUGGCCGGAGCCCAAGACGUGGGAAAGCAAAGGCCGAGCGACAGGAGGGCCGUGACGGUCAAUGUUGUUUGAGCAGGCGCCCGAGGCCUUGGCGACCGCAGAGCCCAAGAUGCAGAAAACCGCCUACUACGACAACUCCACGCUCUUCGGGGCCUACGGCGGCAGUGGCGGCUACGGCAAAGCGGACGCCUACGGCUACACCACAGGCCCGCCUCAGCCCUACGCCCAGCCCGCUCUGGAGACUGACUACCCCGGGUCGGCUUGCUCCCUCCAAAGCGCCGCCCCUAUCCGAGGAGCGCCCCCUGCCCACAAGAGCUCGGAGCUCGGCGGAAGCUGCAUGCGGCCCGGCGGGGGGAGUCAGGCGGUCCCUCAGCCGCCGCCGGGGCUGGGCGACCAGCAGCCGCCUCAGCAACAACCGCCGCCGCCCCCUACGCUGCCCUCCCCCUCCCCGCCUAACAACGCCGCCCACGCGGGGUCUGCCAAGAAGGGCAAAAGCGGGCCUAAUUCUUCCAACGGCUCCCCGGCCACGAUUAGUAAGCAGAUCUUCCCCUGGAUGAAAGAAUCGCGGCAGAACUCCAAGCAGAAAAACAAUUGCCCGCCCGCAGGAGAGAACUGUGAAGACAAGAGCCCGCCUGGCCCAGCUUCCAAGAGAGUCCGCACAGCCUAUACCAGUGCUCAGCUGGUGGAGCUGGAGAAAGAAUUCCACUUCAACCGCUAUCUCUGUCGUCCGCGCCGUGUGGAGAUGGCAAACCUUCUCAACCUGACUGAGCGUCAGAUCAAGAUCUGGUUUCAGAACCGUAGGAUGAAAUACAAAAAGGACCAGAAAGCCAAAGGGAUUAUGCACUCCCCGGUCGGCCAGUCUCCAGACCGAAGUCCACCCCUAAGCGGUCCGAGUCACGUUGGCUAUACCAGCCAGUUGCCCAGUGUUGGGACCCUGAGCUAUGACACUGCCCCAUCACCAACCUCCUUUGCCAAGUCGCAGCAAAAUCUGUAUGGCCUGGCUGCCUACACAGCUCCUCUCAGCAGCUGUUUGCCCCAGCAGAAAAGAUACCCUGGAGCUGAGUAUGACCACCACACCAUGCAAAGCAAUGGGGGUGGUUUUGCCAACCCUAGUUUGCAGGGUAGCCCUGUCUACGUUGGAGGAAACUUCGUGGAUUCCAUGCCAGCCUCCGGCCCGAUGUUCAACAUCAGCCAUCUCUCUCACCCUUCCUCUGCUAGUGUGGACUACAGCUGUGCUGCUCAGAUCCCCGGCAACCAUCAUCAUGGACCUUGUGACCCCCACCCCACCUACACAGAUCUCACUUCUCAUCACACAUCUCAGGGAAGGAUUCAGGAAGCCCCCAAACUAACACAUCUGUAGUAAAAUGGAACAUAUGGAGAGAAAGAGAGGGAGAAAGGGGGGAAGAGAAAAGAAAGAAAGAAAAAGAAAGAAAAAAGGAAUGAAAGAAAGAAAGAAAAAGAUCCUCAUGUUUCAAUUACCUCACUUUUUCCUGAUAAUUAUUUUUCAGAAUCCUGAGUGUUAGUGGAUUGUGUGUAUGCGUGUGUGUCCAGUAACAGCUAAAUUAUCUUGUUUAUUUCAUUGACAACUCCUGAACUCUAUGGUUUUGUUUUCUUUUCUUUUUGAAUUAAAAGAAGUUUUAAAGCAUGACAGUGCAAUAUCCUUUAAAAAUAAUUCCCAUAAUUGGUAAAGAUGUACUGAAAAGUAAGUUGUAGAAAUUUGUUAGUAUUAGCAAAACAUGAGUACUGAUGAGGAGUUAAAGACAGUUGGGACCAAAAUGAGGACCUUAUUCCAGAGAUGUUAAUUUAUGGGAUCCUUCAGCAAUGUGGACAAUUGCUUUGGACUGAAAUAAGAUGUAUUUAUUAUUUUAAUAACUUUUUAAAAAAUACUCAUUAUUUAAUCUUGGCCUUCAGUGUAUUUAUGUGGAUAUUUGUAGAAUUUCUUCAUUCCCUUCUCCCUAAUUUUGAAAGUUUAAUUCAGGUCUUUGAUAACUAUACAUUUUCACCUAUUUAGUAUAUUUGAUCUGAAAUAGAAAGAGUAGUUUUGAACAGUUGUAACAGUGGCUGGUGUUUGUAGUUUAUGUAAGGAUUAAGCAAAUUGUAAGUCAAGUCAUAGAUUAAUACAAAAUUGAAGCAUUAUCACAAACAGCCGUUACAUUUUAAAACAUAUAAAUAUACAACAUAUUAAUUUAUUCCAUGAUUUUUUGGUAUCCUUUUACUUUUAAAAUGUUUAAAAAUAUUUAGGGUGGGAGUGCAUCUUAUUUAAAACUAUUCUCUCCUCUGGCAAUUGGGUUUUGGCCAUCUUUGACAUCCAUAAACCAUCCAAGAAACUAUUGUUAUAAUGCAGUUCCAUACUUGUUUUCUCAGAGGUAAGCUCCAUUGAGUAUAAUGGAAUUACUUCAGCUAUGAGUGUCUCAAAUGAGAUCUUUACUAUCUAUUACAGAGACCAUUUUGUCGUGUUGUUUUAACGUAAAAUAGCCAAAACCUUCAGAUAGAUUAGAAACAAUAUGCUAUUGAUGUCAUUUAGUAUUUCCACAGUAAUUCAAACUAAGAACUAUCCCUUUCAGUUGUUAUUAUUAUUGUUAUAUUAUUUAUAUGCUAUUUAUGCUAAUCAUAGAUCAAUUUUGUACACCUUAUCAGAAACCAGAACUUACUUUUGCUGAUUAAGGAGGAAAAGGAGAAGACAAAUUUUGAAUGAAAUAUUGACAAUCAAGUAUCUACAAGGAAAGACUGUAGUAGGGUGUAGGGAAAUCUGAAUGGCUUUUGAGAUAGGAAAUUACUAGAUCUAUCAAUAUUUAAUAUAGUUGUUUGUAGCAGGCAUUGAUGCAAUCCUCAUGUAAACAAAUGUUUCUGCCUGAAGCCUAAUAUGGACAAGGAACACAAACAUCCUUCCUGGGCUCCCACUUUCUUUAUUUAUGUAUUGUAUUUAAUCUAUCCCUGGAUUUAUUAUAAAGUGUUCCUCAGCAUAAAAGUGACACUAGGUAGAUGUUAGAAGCUACAGCUGUCCAUUCAUUCAGAAAGAAGCAUUUCUUACUGUCUUCCAGAUGGCUCAGUUAGGAUGCAGAUCUUUGGAAAUGCCUUGGACAGGGGCAGAGGGAAACCUCCCAUUUCGGCUUGACUAAUAGUGCCAUUCCAUUUCUGUGCAUCCUGAUGGCAGCUCCUGCAGUUCUUUUUGUUGGAAGAGGAUUUUCACUCUUACAUUUGUGUCUGACUGAACAAUGAUGGUGACAGUAUAUUUAAAAAUCAUGUUAUUGCCCCUCAUUCCUUUUGCUGUUUUUUUUAAAUAUACCAUGUUAACAAUGAAGAUGGAAUAUGUACCCUUUUGUUAAAUCUCACUUUUAUCCAAGUGUUGUAAAUCUGUAAACAAGACAGAAUAAACAGCUUCGAAUGAAGAAAUAUUUUAACCACUUCUGGAUCUAAAGUUGCUUUCUAUGACAUUUUGCUUUUUCUAAAAUGCACACAGAGCUAUUAUAAAACCAUAAUAUGCACAAUCAGUAAGCUCUGAUUUGAGCAAGUACAUAAUCCCUAGAAAGUCUUCCAGGAAAUUCCUGGAUAUCAACAUUGAUAAAUAAAUAAUACGUCUAAUUUAUUUUGUGUUCCUCAUAGGACAUAUUUUAUUUUCAACGCCUAUAAAUCAAAACUAGGCAUAUGGAAUGUAACUUGGUAGGCCUUUCUAGGAUGUCCUGAUAUGAUCCGCAGCUUCAUGUUUUAUGGACUUAACUUCAAAUCGCAUCUGAACUGUUUUGUGUUAUUUUUCUUCCCUAAAGUCACAUGAAGUGAAAGCAAGUUAUGAACCUUCUGGGAAUGGGAGAGAGAAACAGAACUACUGAUACACACAGAUAAACACAACUAGUCUUGGUAUAGAGAUAACUUUAUUUUCAAACUUUUCAUUGGGAAAUCUUGCAAAUCAAGCCUGGCAUUUUGGUAAUUAAACUGUGAUCAAGAUCAUUGCACAAAGAUUUUUAUUUCUUUUGAUUGAAGUCAAGUCGUGCCUGAAGGACCACGUUUAGAAUUGUGUUGGGUGAUGUAAGUUGAGAUGGAAAAAUCAUAAACCAAUUGGAAAUAAAUCUUGCCUUGUCUCUA